CCCAAGGUCAGUCAGCAAGAUAUCUGGAUUCCACACCUCAGCUUUAGCCCUGGUAGAAGAUGCUGCUUGAGCAAGGAGAACUAUUUCCAGAGCUUAGGUUGGCCUAGGCAGCCUCCCCUUGUGGGAGGAACGCUUGGCGGAGCCACACUGGCCGACAGGGGAGGAGAAGAGAUCGUCUGAGCCACGGAGUGGACAGCUGCCGACUAUGGAGAACCGAGGCUCUGUGGCCUGCCGGCACCGAUGGCUCCUUCAGCUGCUGCUGCUGCUGUCCCCACCUCACACCCGCCAGGGACAGGCCCUGGGACUCAUUGUCCUCGCCGAGAGUGCCCAGGACCCUCCGGCUAGGUACCUCAGCAAUGGCCCAGGACAGGAGCCCGUCUCUGUGAUGACCAUUGACCUCACCAAAAUCAGCAAACCCCUUUCCUCCUUUGAGUUUCGAACCUUGGAUCCAGAGGGAGUGAUUUUUUAUGGGGACACCAACACCGAAGAUGAUUGGUUCAUGCUGGGACUUCGCGAUGGCCAGCUUGAAAUCCAGCUGUACAACCUCUGGGCUCGGCUCACAGUAGGCUUUGGCCCUCAGCUGAAUGAUGGGAGAUGGCACCAGCAAGACACAGUCCCGGUGACGGAGCUAUUCUUGUCUCUGUUUCAUCAGAUGGAAAUCCCAAGGCUGAGUCAGUAUGUGGAGCUGAAGAUGAAUGGGGAUUCACUGCUGCUGUGGGUGGAUGGGAAGGACAUACUGUGCCUGAGACAGGUCUCUAGAUCCCUGGCUGACAGUUCCCAGACCACCAUGAGGAUCGCUCUAGGGGGACUCCUCCCCGCCUCCAGGCUUCGGCUCCCGCUGGCGCCUGCCCUGGAUGGCUGUAUACGUCGAGAUACUUGGCUGGGUCACCAGGCCCAGCUCUCACCCUCUGCCCCUACUAGCCUCGGAAACUGUGAUGUUGUGGACUUGCAACCUGGACUGUUUUUCCCUGCAGGGACCCAUGCAGAAUUCAGUCUCCAAGACAUUCCCCAGCCUCACACAGACCCCUGGAGCUUUUCUCUGGAGCUGGGAUUAAAGCUGGCGGAAGGUUCAGGAUGCCUGCUUGCUCUUGGGACAGGAACAAAUUCUUCUUGGCUUACCCUUCACCUCCAAGAUCACGUAAAGGAAGAGGGUGGGAUGCUGGCUAUGAAGGUGGUGCUGUCUUCUGGAGUGGAGCCAAACUUAGCUUUACCCUUGGACAUGGGGCUCCCUCUUCAGCUGAAGCUGGAUGUUUUCAAAGUGGUCUUGAGCCAAGGGCCAACGAUGGAGGUCCUUGCUGUGUCCCUGUCGGGACUGGACUCCCUCCAGAGACUCUGGUCCCACCCUCAGGGCCAUCUCUCUCUUGGGGCUUUACCAGGAGACGAUUCUUUUGCUUUCUUUUGCUUGAGUGCUCUUUGGAUACAAGGACAGAGACUGGACAUAGACCGGGCCCUGAACAGAAGCCAGAACAUCUGGACUCACAGCUGCCCUCGGAGCCCAAACAGUGUCACUCAGCCCCCUUUGUGACGGAGGCAUGGUGGCACAUGCCUGUAAACCCAGGACAGGCAGAGUUGGGAGAAUCAGGACCUCCAUGUCAUCCCUGGCUACAUAACAUGUUUGAGACCAGCCUGGGCUAUGGGCAACCCUGUCGUUAAAAAUAAAGAGGAACUUUGAAUGCA